UUGCAUAGUUAAUAUCUCAAUAGUUAAACGUUAUCUAACCAAUUAUGAGAUAAUCUAAAUUGUAGUUGUUAUAUUGUCUUUCAAUAUUAUUAUAGUUUUAUGUACGUCAGUGACAAUUUGUUUUGGAAACAUGAAGCAACUUGCAUUAUUAGCUUCAAUCAUAUCAGUUUGUUUCGCAAAUAUUCUCAAAGAUUCAAAAGAACGUUAUCAAGAGGGAGAUCGUUACUUUCUCUUUCCUGGCGAUGGAGAUGGUCAGCUACAUCUCGUUGAUAUUAAAGCGCCAAUUGACAAUCGUAUCAUCAAAUCAUCCCGACACCCAAGCAACAACAACUAUUGGCUAUUUACCAGAUCUCACCCCACAGUAGCAGAAAUUCUCGUGUACGAUGACGUCAACAGUAUUAAAAGCUCUGAUUUUAAUAUGGAAAAAACUACAGUAUUUCUCGUUCACGGCUGGCUUGGAAAUGGAAAUAAUGAAAUGAAUAAAAUACUUACAAAAGCGUUUUUGGAAAAUGACGAUGUCAAUGUCAUAGUUUUCGAUUGGAGCGAAUUAGCCGGUCACAACUACAUAACAGCGAAGAAUGGUGUUGCCGCUUUAGGAGAAGGUCUUGGCACGUUCAUUAAUUGGCUUGUAUCAUUAGGAGCUUCCUAUGAUAGGAUGCAUCUUGUGGGAUUCAGUCUCGGAGCCCACAUUGUGGGUAACGCAGGUCGUUCUACUCAUUCUCAAGUUAAGAGAAUAACAGCCCUAGACCCUGCCGGUCCAUUGUGGAAGAAAGAUGCAAAUCGUCUAAAAAAUACCAAUGCACGAUAUGUCGAAGUAAUUCACACAAAUACCUUUAUGUUUGGUUAUAUGGAUCCAUUGGGUGACGCCGAUUUCUAUCCGAAUGGAGGUUCGAGUAUGCCAGGUUGCUUGAUCAACGUUUGUUCCCAUAGCAAAGGUUACGAGUACAUGGCGGAUUCGGUGAAAUAUAACAACCUUAACGCUAAUGAAUGCAAUAAUUUAAACGAUGUAAAAAGAAACCGCUGUAAUGGAGAUCUUUACCCAAUGGGCAAUAGCGAUUUAAAUAAGUCGCGGUCGGGAAUUUUUCGCGUCAACACGAAAUGAAUAUAUAAAUUAAAUGAAAUGUUAUUUUUUAAUUAUUCUUAAAAACAAAUCUUUAAGUAUCAAAUGUAAAUAUAAUCAUAAUAAAAACUGGAUCUGAUAUAAA